AUGAGUGUGGUGUAAGAUCCUGCAUAGAACAGAAUAGAAAUAUGUUACUGCUCAGAAGAGGGCAGACAUACACAGGAGACUGCUCUCAGGCACAGAUCCCCUUCUGUACGCUCACAUCUUCCUCUGUACUUGCCAUGGCUGGAGAAAUAGUUUAUGCUGAUUUAAAUAUUCCUGGAGCCAAUUCCUCUUCAAGGCCACCACAACAAUCUCAGCACCUCAGUUCCCCUCCAUGUCCCCGGUGGCAUCGCAUCGCUGUAGGGGUCGGAUGGGCUGGGAACAUCGUCCUGACAAUAGCUGUGAUAGCUCUGGGGGUUUGGGUUUCCCAGUUGCAUGUCUCUUGUGAAGGACAGACCAGAGGAACUCUGAAUACGUCAGAGAAUAAUGAAACCAGAUUCGUCAGUAGCACGGAAUGUUCCUGCCUGGAGGAUUUCCAGUCUCGCUUGAAACCAAUUCUAUGUGAACCCCACAAUGGCAGCUUGGCAGGGGGCUCCAGGUGCAAACUCUGCCCCAGGGACUGGCGGCUGCAUGGGGACAAGUGCUACUGGCUGUCUCAGGAGCGUAAAGACUGGACUGGGAGCCGUGACGACUGCUCGGGGAAAAGCGCUCACAUGCUCGUGAUUCAGAACCAAGAGGAGAUGGAUUCCAUACAGGAUGUUGUACAAGAUGCAAAUUCCAUCUGGAUUGGACUUAAAGUGACACCCCCAGGGAAGAAUUGGACCUGGGUGGACGGUUCCCCAUUAGAUCCAAUGCUCGUCUCGGUCUCUGCUGAAGGGAACAGCUGUGGCUGGAUAGGAGAUAGACGGAUUCAGUCUGAGACGUGUGGUGCUGAGUUCAAAUGGAUCUGCCAGAAAGAAGCUGCCGUGAUAUAAACAGUGGAGUGGAGGGACACAGCCCUGCUGUUUGCAAAGUCCACAAAAGAGGGAAUUUACAGGAAGAAACAAUCUCUCAAUUUGCACCUGGUUCACUAUGCAAAUAGGCAUCCAGCUACAGGUACACACAACAUACAGCUGACUAGACAGGGAGAUAACCUCAGUUACCACCUGCCUGAAAAGAACAUUUGAGGUACAUCAUCUUCUGGUGACCUGCCUUAACUGCAAGACCUUAAGGGCAUCAUUCCACUUUAAUUGAAUUGUCUUGUUAGCACUGGCCCUCCACAUGGUAAGGCAACUCCCAUCUUUUAAUGUACUGUGUAGACAUACC